UCCGCCCCCCGCCGCUGGUGCCGGUGGCUCGGUGGCAGCCAUGACGCUGGAGUCCAUGAUGGCCUGUUGCCUCAGCGACGAGGUGAAGGAGUCGAAGCGCAUCAACGCCGAGAUCGAGAAGCAGCUGCGGAGGGACAAGCGCGACGCCCGCAGGGAACUCAAGCUCCUCUUGCUCGGUACCGGAGAGAGCGGGAAGAGCACAUUCAUCAAACAGAUGCGGAUAAUCCAUGGCUCGGGCUACUCUGAAGAGGACAAAAAGGGUUUCACCAAACUGGUGUACCAGAACAUCUUCACUGCCAUGCAGUCAAUGAUCAGGGCCAUGGAGACCUUAAAGAUCCUGUACAAAUAUGAACAGAACAAGGCCAAUGCAUUGCUGAUCCGGGAAGUGGAUGUAGAAAAGGUCUCGUCCUUCGAGCAGCCCUAUGUAAGUGCAAUUAAAACAUUGUGGAAUGACCCAGGAAUUCAGGAGUGUUAUGACCGACGGCGAGAAUACCAGCUCUCAGACUCUGCUAAAUACUACCUUACUGACGUGGAUCGUAUCGCCACCCCAGGGUACCUCCCAACCCAGCAAGACGUCCUGCGGGUCAGAGUUCCGACAACUGGGAUCAUAGAAUACCCCUUUGACCUAGAGAACAUUAUCUUCAGAAUGGUGGAUGUUGGGGGUCAGAGGUCAGAACGAAGGAAAUGGAUACACUGCUUUGAAAAUGUAACCUCCAUCAUGUUCUUAGUUGCACUUAGUGAAUAUGACCAAGUUCUGGUGGAAUCUGAUAACGAGAACCGAAUGGAGGAGAGCAAAGCCCUUUUCCGGACUAUAAUCACCUAUCCCUGGUUCCAGAACUCCUCCGUCAUCCUGUUUCUCAACAAGAAAGAUCUGUUGGAAGACAAGAUAAUGUAUUCUCACCUUGUGGAUUAUUUUCCAGAGUUUGAUGGCCCCCAGAGAGAUGCACAGGCAGCCCGGGAGUUCAUCCUCAAGAUGUUUGUGGAUCUAAACCCCGACAGCGACAAAAUUAUCUACUCUCACUUCACAUGUGCCACAGAUACGGAGAACAUCCGGUUUGUCUUUGCUGCUGUCAAGGACACCAUCCUGCAGCUCAACUUGAAGGAAUAUAACCUAGUCUGACCUUGAUUUGCUUGUCCUCUUUUCCCCACCCUUCUUCCUCCCUUUCCCCAAAUCUCCUGGGAGACCUUUUGUCGUGAAGAAAGUAAGACGAGAGAACCCCAUGAAUUCAAACAAACAAAAAAUGUACAGGAAAAACAAUCUUAAUUUUUAAUGAUGUAAUGAUUGCAAUUUGUCUGAGCUGUGGAGUGGCAAGGUUUUGUUUUUUGCUCACGGUUAUCUUGGAGUCUCAUGUCUGCCCCACAGAAUAGCUGAUUUUUAAAAAAAACAAAUUUGCUUUUAUUUCACAAUUUAAAGCAGCAACAAGGGACACAUUUCACUUUUUCUCUCUCUGGCACCUUGUUAAUUUCCUGCUUUCUUGCCAGCAGUCAAGGCGGCUUCCUUUUGGACUUUGUGUUGCAUUAGCCAAUUAAGUUUUCCUUUCUGUUCCAGUGAUAGAUGAACACCAGACUUUCUAGCCAAGAUACUGAGCUUGCUUGGCUACGGGAGUGUGGUACGCUACUAGCACCUUCACCUUGUGCCAUAUGAUGCCUCUGGUGUAACUUGCUCACAUUGUUAGCUUUCUCCUUGGUGCCCCUGCGCAUCCUGCCCAGAAGGUCAUGCGCCAAAAGGGUGUCCUCAGGAGACGUCUUGGGAGGAACAAGUGCUCUCUGCCAAUAACGCCAAACAAGCCCGCCAUUUGAUCCUUCAUUCCUUUGUACCAUUUUAGUGUAGAUUUCUUUCCUUUUCAAUUAUGAAAGUUAUAUUGAGACUGUGAUUUUUUUUUAAAUUAAUGUUCUAUACAUA